CGAGCCCGGGGGGUGGUUCAGCUGCCGCGUGAGCUCGUGUGGGUGUAUGUAUGCAGCUUGUGAGCGCGCGCGUGCGUCAGUGUGUCCCGUCGGGUCUUGCCGUGAAUUCUCCGCCAGUUUAAGCAUGGAGGAGUUAGCCAGAGAGAGCAUCAGCCUGCUGACUUCAGCUACCGCCAAGCCGCCGCUGGACGCGGCCGCCGCCGGGCCCCGCCUCGGCUCCACGGGGGCCAUCUUCAUCAUGCUGAAAUCCGCCCUGGGCGCCGGGCUCCUCAACUUUCCCUGGGCGUUCGGGAGAGCCGGGGGCGUCCGCAGCGCAGUCACCGUCGAGCUGGUCUCCCUUGUGUUCCUGAUCAGCGGUCUGAUCAUCCUGGGCUACGCCUCAUCCAUCAGUGGCCAGUGCACGUACCAGGCGGUGGUGAAGGAGUUGUGCGGGCCAGCCAUUGGUCAGCUCUGUGAGAUCUGCUUCGUCUUCAACAUCUUCAUAAUCUCUGUGGCCUUUCUGGUUAUAGUGGAUGACCAGCUGGAGAAGUUGUGCGGCUCCCUAUACGAGCUGAUAACUGGUUUGCCGGAGUCAGAGAUGCCGUACCACGUCUACACAGACCAGCGCUUCGGCCUGGUGCUGCUCUGCAUCCUCCUCAUCCUGCCGCUGUCCAUCUCCAGAGAGAUCAGCUUCCAGAAAUACACCAGUGUUCUAGGCACUCUGGCUGCAGCCUACCUGACCAUCGCCAUCAUCAUCAAAUACCACACCACGCCUUCUGUUCUGGUUCACAUCACCCCGCUCACUAGUGGGAUCAGCUCCUGGGCCUCCAUGUUCAGUGUCAUCCCGACCAUCUGCUUUGGUUUCCAAUGCCACGAGGCGUCCAUCGCCAUCUACAGCAGCAUGGACAACCAGCGGCUCUCUCAUUGGGUCUUCAUCUCCGUGGUGUCCAUGAUCAUCUGUCUCAUCAUCUAUUCCCUUACAGGGGUUUAUGGGUACUUGACGUUUGGAAAGGACGUGAAGGCCGACAUCUUGAUGUCGUACACCGGCGAUGACAUUCUGAUGCUCAUCGCCCGGCUGCUGUUUGGCGUCUCCAUCAUCACCAUCUAUCCCAUCAUCCUGCUGCUGGGCAGGUCCGUGAUCCAGGACCCCCUGCUCAGCUGGCGGCGGAGGCGUUACGGCGUGGUCACGGCGGCGUUUGAAAGCCGCAGCCGCUACACGCUGACAGUCCUGUGGAUAACGGUGACACUGCUCAUCGCCAUGUACGUACCGGACAUCAGCAAGGUGAUCAGUGUCAUCGGAGGGAUCAGCGCCUUUUUCAUCUUCAUCUUCCCAGGACUCUGUUUGAUGUUUGCCAUGCAGUCUGAGCCAGUGUCCUGUAAGACCAGAGUCACCCUCACAGUGUGGGGAGUGGUGACCCUGCUCUGCGGGACUUUCAUCUUCGGCCAGAGCACAACCAUCGCUUUCAUGCAGGUCCUCGGAAAGAUCUGACUGUUCUCCUCCCUCACCGAUCCGGGGCUUUUCAUGCAGACAGAUCCUAACCCUUUUUCAUCCCUGGAGAGCCCAUGGGGAAUUCUGGCCACCAUGGAAUUUAAAAACUGGACAUGAUCUCUGAACAAUCAACAUGAAUAUCUGAUGAAAGCCUGAUUAGUACUAAACUCAGCAAAAAAAAAGAAGAAGCUCCCUCUCACUUUCAACUGCUUUUAUAUUUUAAGCAAACUUAAAGCUGUAGUGUGUAGUUUCUGUCACCCCCAUGAGGAAUUCUUAGUAAAGUCAGCUUAAAUGUAACGGACCCUCCUUAAUAUUAAAAGGUUACGCACUAAAGCUUUAACAUGUAAAAUAUUUGUAUGAACAUAAAAAGAACAUGUAUUACAGACGUGUGACUAACAGAAAAAGAAUAAUGUGUCCCUGAACGUGACCAUUUCACUGGCUCCCUGUCCAAUACCGUAUUGACUUUACGAUUCUCCUCCUCACCUUCAAAGCCCUCCAUAAUCUCACCCCUUCAUACCUCUCUGAACUCCUUCAGCUUUACACUCCAUCCCGACCUCUUUGAUUCUCCUCUUCUUCACUGCUUUCCAACUCCUCCUGCCCGCCUGUCCCCACUAGGGUUCAGAGCCUUCAGCCAUUCUGCCCCUCUCCUUUGGAACUCCAUCCCUCUUUCCAUCCGUACUAUCGAGUCUCUCCCACCUUU